AUUAAUAAUAAGAAGAAUAAACUAGACAUGGUCGAGACAUAACAUAAAGCAUUAUAUGAUUAAUUUAGAUUAUGCCUUAUCUUUAAUGACAAAUGUAGUUUCUAAAUUGCUUGUGAUUAAAUAUUUUAAUAAACAAAAACAUAAUAACAUAUAAAAAUAUCUCCUAUAACAUAAAAAUUGUGUGCAUGAGACAUUGUAUAUUAUAUAUCGCAUCGUCAUAUCUAUUUUGUUCUUCGUCAAUGAUUCAUGUGUUAAAAAGUAAGGUUAUGUCACGUGUGACAAAGACUUGAUUGUUUUGAAAACUAUUAAAAUGAAUUUAUAUCAUUAAAUAUUCAUAAUAUUCAUAAUUAUUUUAUAACUAUUAGUAAUACUCCAAUAACUAAAAUAAAAUAGAUUUUUAAAUUUAUUUAAUAAGAGAUAAUAAUUAUUCUUAUAUAUAACUUACAUAUAACUUUUUUAAAUUAAAAAUAUUUUAAAAUCAUUAUUGUAUAAUUGUAAAUAAAUUAUAAACAAAUGUUUAUAUAAUUAUAUUUUAUAUAGUUUAAAAAAUUGUAUAAUUUUUAAUUGUUUAAAAACAAGUGUUUUAAAAUCUUUAAACUAUGACACGAUAUGCAAGAGCUAAGGGUUCAAAAGCAUCAAAUGAAAGAACACCCAAUGAUGCUACACCAUGGCAUUUAAUGAAGCAACAAUUAAUUGAAAAUACAUCAAAAGAAGAAAAAUCCUUUAAAGAAACUAAAACUGUUAAAGAACUAUUGGAAAAUACACAAAAUACAAGUGAUAAUGUUGAAAAUGCUUAUGGUUCUUGGGCAGAAUUUCCAAAUAAUUUUAAAAAAAGAGAUAAUUUUACAACAGAAAAGAUCAAAAAAAAGCGAAGGAUUAUUAAUGAAGUUGAUAAUUCUAUAUCAAUCGUAAAAAACAAAGAGUAUCAAAAAGAUGAAUAUCAACCUAAUGAUACAAGUAAUAAUAAAAAAAGAAAGAAAGAUAAUAUUUCAGAAAUUAAGGAAAAUAAUACUGAUGCAGAAAUCAGUGUAAAUGAAUCACAAAAUAAAAAAAAUAAACUUUCUAAACGUCAAAAACGUAACAUGAAGAAGAGAAAUUCGAAUGAAAGUAUAUCCAAAAUCAUAGAAAAUAAUAAUGACGAUAGUACUGCAUCAAAAAGUAUAAAUAAUAACAAGAAUGAAAGUAAAAAAAUCGAUCAACCACAAAGAAAAUUUGAUAAAAAUUUUCCAAUUAAGUCACAAAACUUUAGAAGUGUCCCAAAUAAAUUUGGUGUGAAAAAGCUUGACAAUCAAAAACGAAAAAGAAAACCACCUAAAAUCCGGGAUGAUAAGGAACACAAAAGAAGAAAAGCAGAUUUAGGUCCUUCAAAAAUAAUCAUCAAUGGUGUAGAAUUACAUAUUGUAAAAUUUGAUGGAUUUCCAGUUAAAAAAGAAGAUGCAGAGAGAUUAAGUGAUUUAAAACAGAAAAUGAUCAUGAAAGGUAUUCCACAAAAAGAAAUAAAUACAGCAAUGAAAUUGGAAAGGAGGAAAGCUGAAAAAGCAUUAGCUAGAAUUAGGAAAUGUGUAUGUUUUCACUGUCGCAAAUCUGGACAUAAUUUGUCUGAUUGUCCUGAACUUAGUUCAGAACAAGGAGGAACUGGAAUCUGCUUUAAAUGCGGAUCAACAGAACACACUCAUUUUGAAUGUAAAGUUGCCAAGCCAACGGAAUUCAGAUAUGCAACUUGUUUCAUUUGCCGUGAACAAGGACAUAUCGCUAAACAAUGUCCCGAUAAUCCUAAAGGAGUUUAUCCUCAAGGAGGUGCUUGUAAAAUUUGUGGAGAUGUUACGCAUUUAAAAAAAGAUUGUCCAGAUUUGAUUAAAGAAAAGGAAGAAAAUACCGUUACAGUAAAUACAAUUACAAAUGGUAAUUUAGAAUGCCUAGAAGAAAAUGUAAAUAAUUUAGAUAAAAAAGAUAAUAAAAAAACUAAAAAAAUAGUGAAAUUUUAGUGUUAAAAAAUAGAGAUAAAUUUUUGUAUAUAAUUAUACAAAAUCUUGUAUAUGUUAUACAAAAUUAUGUAUAUACAAGGAAUAAAUAACUUGCAAUGUAAACAUAAGAUUUAUUGAAAAGUAUAUAUGUUUGACAUAUACAUUAUCUUCAUACAUACACUUUAAUGUUAUUUAAACCACCAUCAUGAAAAAUCUGAUAUCAAACAACACAUAUUAUAAUUUAUGUAUUGCCUAUUUACAUUUGAAUUUUUAAUUCAGUUAAACUUUUUACAUAUUAAUUGUACAAUGUAAUCAUAUUCAUUUAAAUAAAUUUUUCUAAUGUAGAGAAAUAAAUUAUUUAUUAAUCUUGAUGAUAUCAGAUUUUUUCUCUCAAUGUACAGAGGACAAAUUAUAAAGGUAUAGAUAUACAAUAGAUUAUCUGUACAUAGUAGUAGUUUCUUACGCAUAUACAUUAAUAUUGUUUGCAAAAUUUAUAAUAUUAAUUUUAAAUUUGUAUUUUCAUAUUAGAUUUGUUAUACAAAUGCCAUGUAACAAGUAGAAACGUACAAUUAAUUUUUCAUUAUCAUUUUUUAACAUCUAAAUAAAUGUCGCAAUUUCAAUUCACACAAUUUUUAUCUUAUUAUAUUACGAUGCCUGUACAAUUCAUAUGCUUAAAAUAAACAUUACCAUUUGAAAUAAGAAUUUUAUGAAUAUAUAAUAUAUAAUAUAUAUUUAUAUCUGUAUCUAUAUUACAUUUGUCCUUAUACUGUUCUAUAUAUAAACUCUAUAUUUUAUAUUAAUCUGCUACAUAAAAGUUAUACUUUUAUCACUUCUAAUGGCAGACAGAUAUUAUUACUGCAGUGAUGAUUAAGUCAACGCAUGAUGAGAAAUAUCUGUUUAUCUGUAUCUAUUGAAUUUUUAAUUUAUAUAUUAGAUAAUUGAAUUCUUGAUAUCUUUAUUCACUGCAAUGCCAUUCGUUCUAUCAUUAUUUAAAUAAUUUCUUAUAAUCCUAAUUAUAUGUAAUUCCUUAAUUAUAUAUGACCAUAGUUAAAUUAAAAGAGUGAAUUUAUUGCAACAUAUAAUGAAAAAACCUUGAUUAUUUUAGAAUUGUUAGAAAUUAUGCGAUAUUACAUAUAAUAAGGAAAUAUAUGAAAAUGUAUUAAUAUUUUUUUUUUCAAAAAUGAAAUACAAUGAAAGAAAAUUUCCCAACUUCCUUGAAAAAAAUCUAUUAAUAUUAGUUACAAAUGAAGAAUCGAUAAGGAAAAAAUCAUAAUACAUCAUUUAGAGAUAAUUCAAAUAACUCCUUUUACGGAUUACGUAAGUUUUUUUUAAAAAUUUUUAAUAAUGAUAACGAUUAUAAAUAAAUUCGAUUUAAUCGAAAAUUUAGGACUUUUUAUAAACCUUCAAAAUAAAAUAUAUACACUAACUAUUUUGAAAUUUAUCAAAAAAAUAUAUUAAAUCACCAUGCAAUAUGAAAACUUAUAAUGAAGUCAUUUUAUUAGUAAAUUUUGAACUCGUUCAUAUUGCAUACCGAUCAAAAACUCGAAUAUUCUGAAUAAUUCAUAAAACUCUACCAUUAUUCAAUAUUUCACGAAUACAUACAUUUCUUAUCAAAAAAAAAAAAAAAAAUGAAUUAAUAAUUAAUAAUUAGAAAUAAUUAAAAAUUCAAAUUUAGAUAUGAAACAUAAAAUUUAAGAUAUUAUUUGUUUUGUAUUUCUUUAGCCUCUUAUCUUGAUUUCCAAUAAAAUUAAUUUUUAAAAUGUAAUUGACAAAUAUAUAAAUAUUUUUUAUAUGUUGUCUGUAUUACAAAAUUUCAUUCAACCGUGUCAUUUCUGAAUUUGCUUUUACGUCCUUGAUAUAUUAAAUGAUAAUAAUUAAUUAAUUUUAUAUAAUUUUUAUCAAAAUUUCAACGAAAUUGAAAAUAAUCUAAUAUAUUUGUUAAUUACGCUUCCAAUCGUUAUAUUAUAACAAAUUUAUAAUUUUAUUACACAUUAUUUAUAAUUUAAUUACACAUAUACGUGUAAUUUAUACUUAUAAAAAAAAACUUUACGUUUACAAACAAUACAAAAUCAGAAAACAGUUGAAUGUAUUACAUUUUAAUAUCUUUUACCAUUAUCUUUGGUAUAUAACACUUGUAAUUAUUGGAACCAAUUAUAAAAUUAAGAAGUACCGAUAACUAACAUUUUCAAUUUUGUAACUUCAGAAUAUGUACGCAAACUUCGAAAAUUUUCAACAUUGUAUUUUUUAUCAAAAUGUACCUGCUAGGUAGCUUCAGCUUUGUGUGCUGACUCUAUGAUUUCCUUGAGACAGCGACCGAAUUCUUCGAUUAUAAGUCUUUGUGAUGUUUCAUCAUCAAACAUGUUACGUUCUGCUUCAUCAGCUUGUGCCAUUAAACACUCGCACGUUAUUUGUACUACUUUAUCAGUCAAAAAGUUAAACGGUUGCCUAUAAAAAAUUUAAAUAUGUAUCACAAAUAUAAUUCGUAAUAUUUCAAUUUUUUCGUUUUCUUUUACUUAUUUAAUGUUUUAAACAUACCUUGCACCAGUAUUUGAUGUUGCAGGAGGCCUAAAAGUCAUUUCUGAUAAUUGUAAUUUUGUCUUAUUUAAUGUAAGUUGUGCAGUUCUUACUUCGGCUGCUUCGGCUAAGUCUUUUAAAGAUUUUUUCUCCAAAUUCGGUUCUUCUAUAUUACGACACCCUAUACAUUUACAGUUAGCAGAGCAAGGAAUCUUAGCCUGGAAAAAUAAAAAAAAUAUUUUAAUAAAAACAUUUUAUCAUCUUGCAAAUUAUUUAUGCUUAAUUAAUAAUUAAAUUAGAUUAAUUAAAAGACCUCAUAACAUUCACAAUAAUUCUUCAAACAUCCACUUCGUUUACAGUUGCAACCUUUGUUAUGUCUACGUAUAUCGUCACCAGUUUCACGACCUUUGCCAAUUUUUGGACGAAAAGCAUUUGGAUUACGUUCCAAACAGGAUUUAAUAGCACGUUGUCUUUCUUCUUCAUUUCCAAGAUUAUUAGAGCAAUUAUUACAGUUACACAUAUGACAGAAUUCUCCAUUCGCAAAACAAUCACAAUAUCUGCAACAGAAUAUAUUUAAAAAUUUCCCUUUCAUUUAUUAAAGCAUUAAUUAAAGUAAUAAUUUAUUAAUGUCAAAAUCAAAUAUUUCUCACAUCAUAGAACGAUCUUUUAAUUAAAGACGGAAUGUGACCUCUAUUGUGGACUGUCAUUUUACAAUACAUAUAAUUUAAAAAAAGUGAAAAGCAAUAUUUGAUGUUCAAUUUUUAAAAAUAGAAUCAUACUCAUAAUAAUUAUAUAUGCGAAAAUUAUGCGAGUUACUUUACAAUUUUAUGUUAUUUUAUUAUUUUACUUACAACUUAAGACAUUGUGAUUUAGUACAAUUGCAUGGUUUUCUCGGCCUAAUACCAUUUGGCUCAACACUA